GCUAUCUAUUAGAUACUGCUCUAAGGUUAAGACCGUUCUUUAUCAUGCUUGCUAUGGUUGCUAUGCUAGCAAGCAUGGUUGGUAUGGUACCAUACCAAGCAUACCAAGCAUACCAAGCAAAAGAUGGUAAUCAAAGAGAAGGAGGUAAAGUUGCCCCCUUAGUAUCAGCUUUAGAAGGAACGAAGUUGCCCACUUGUGAUGGUAGCAAAAUAUUGACAGUAGGAGCAGGUAUCAGUAAGAUAGACUCAGUAGCUGGAACAAGGAUAAGCGAGUUAGCCGAUGCAGGAA